GGGAAUAAAGGUUGCUCGGCAUUUGUUAAGGCUGAGGGGAGGGAGGGUAUGUUGGGCAGUUAUUCUGUUUGUGAGUCAGAGAGCCCCACCAGGCCCAGGUUCAAGUCCCAACACAACUCUUUACUGUUACCUUGUUAGUUCCUCGUUUGUGGAAUGGGGUAAUAACAGCACCUAUGCCUGGCGCAUGGGAGGCAGUUAACAACUAGUCACCAAGUCUCAGGCACUACUGCAAGCGCUGUACAGGUUUGCACUCAAUGGAGCCUCACAGCAGCCUGCAGCGCUCUACAGAGGAGGAAACUGAGGUACAGAGGAGGAAACUGAGGUACAGAGGAGGAAACUGAGGUACAGAGGAGGAAACUGAGGUACAGAGAAGUUCCUUGCUCAAGGUAACGUGCGUGUAAAAGCUGUAGAACUUGUGUUAUUUCAGUAAAGUAAUGGUAAUUCAAAUUAUGAGGUAUUUAGAGGUGUUAGAAAUGGCCAUUGAUUGUGGACUACUUUUCCAAGUUUUCCUCAUGGAAGCUGUUUAUUUAGCUGGUUGUUUUCAAAGACAGAAUUGAUUCUCUAAGGUUUGCUCCCAGGCAGUGGCAGCCAUUGUUUUAAUUAUGUGGUUUUCUGAUCAAAGAACUAGAUGUUAUUGUUGCCAUAAUUCUGUUAGAGUUUUGGGGUCUGUGUCUGUAAGCAAAUUGGAAAAUGACCUUCAUAAGCAAAUUAUUGCUUUAAUGUAUUUCAUUGAUCAUUGUUUUAAUCAUUUAUGUUUUAUCAUUGGGAGAAAUCUUGGUAAUAUUUUAUUUUUUCAUGAAAAUAUUAUGAAAGUGCAUCCAGGAUUUCUCUUCAGAGAACUGUGCUAAGAAGCGAAAUGUGAUAUGAAUUUUUACAUGAGAAAAGUCAGGUUGGUAAGCAGUCUGUAUUCUCUGAAGAAUGGAAAUAAUUCUAAUUUUUAGUUCUUUUACUUAAGUGGUUGCUUAUGCAUGAAAUGAUUUUUGUUUUGUUUUCAAAGCUGAUUUUAGGAAGAAGAAAGAUGGAAAGUGGUGCAGUUCUGCUGGAAUCCAAAUCCUCCCCAUUUAACCUUUUGAAUGAGAUGCACCAGUUACGCCUCCUGGGCCACCUGUGUGAUGUGACUGUCAGUGUGGAGUACCAGGGUGUCCGGGAAGAAUUUAUGGCUCACAAAGCAGUGCUGGCAGCCACCAGCAAGUUUUUUAAGGAAAUGUUCCUUAAUGAGAAGGCUGUGGAUGGCACAAGGACUAAUGUCUACUUAAAUGAAGUACAAGUUGUUGAUUUUGCUUCAUUUCUUGAGUUUGUCUACACUGCAAAGGUACAGGUGGAAGAAGAUCGGGUGCAGCGAAUGUUGGAAAUGGCUGAAAAGCUAAAAUGUUUGGACUUAUCAGAAACUUGUUUCCAAUUAAAGAAACAGAUGUUAGAGUCGGUACUUUUGGAGUUGCAGAACUUUUCAGAAUCUCAGGAGGUGGAAGCGAGCAGUGGCUCCCAAGUCACUGUUACUCCUGAGUCUAGGGCAGAUGCGGCCAUGGACGGUCCUCAUUCCAGUGGCCUUUCGGAUGCUUCGGAUUGCCCAGUGGAGAGAAUCAGCAAUGGCGUGCUGCCAGAUAUGCCACUAAAGAAAUCCAGGGAGAAACUAGACAAGAAAAGAGAUGUAGUGAAGCCUCCCUAUCCAAAAAUCAGAAGAGCUAGUGGAAGACUGGCCGGAAGAAAGGUAUUUGUGGAAAUCCCUAAAAAGAAGUACACAAGAAAACUCCGAGAGCAGCAGCAGAGUGCUGAGGAUGACACAGGGGCCUACAAGUGUCCUCAAGACCAAAGCCCAGACAGUGGCGGAGCAGAGACGGGGCCACUGACAAGAGAUAUGAAUCCAAAAACCGAGGACUGUAAUGCUGCUGUUGAGCUGGAGGAAAUGAUGCAGAAAGCAGGGGAGGAGGAGGAGGAGGAAGAGGAGGAUGAUGAGGGGGAUAAGAAGAAGAGUAACUUUAAGUGCACCACCUGCGAGAAAGCGUUUUUGUAUGAGAAGAGCUUCCUGAAGCACAUCAAGCACCACCAUGGAGUUGCUGCUGAGGUCGUUUACCGCUGUGACACCUGCAGCCAGACCUUCGCCAACCGCUGCAACCUGAAGAGCCAUCAGCGCCAUGUGCACAGCAGCGAGCGCCACUUCCCGUGUGAGCUCUGCGGGAAGAAGUUCAAGAGGAAGAAGGACGUCAAGAGGCACGUGCUGCAGGUCCACGAGGGCGGCGGGGAGCGGCACCAGUGCCAGCAGUGCGGCAAGGGCUUGAGCUCCAAGACGGCCCUGCGGCUCCACGAGCGCACGCACACGGGCGACAAGCCCUACGGCUGCACCGAGUGUGAGGCCAAGUUCUCGCAGCCUUCUGCACUUAAGACCCACAUGAGAAUUCAUACAGGGGAAAAACCUUUUGUCUGUGAUGAAUGUGGUGCAAGAUUCACUCAGAACCACAUGCUGAUUUAUCAUAAAAGGUGUCACACAGGUGAAAGACCUUUUAUGUGUGAAACAUGUGGCAAGAGUUUUGCUUCUAAGGAGUAUUUAAAACAUCACAAUAGAAUCCACACUGGAUCCAAACCCUUUAAAUGUGAAGUUUGUUUCAGGACUUUUGCCCAGCGGAAUUCACUUUACCAGCACAUUAAAGUCCAUACAGGGGAACGUCCCUACUGUUGUGAUCAGUGUGGUAAGCAGUUCACCCAGCUCAAUGCUCUCCAACGCCACCAUCGAAUUCACACAGGGGAGAAGCCAUUCAUGUGCAACGCGUGUGGGCGGACGUUCACCGACAAGUCCACUCUCCGGCGGCAUACCUCAAUACAUGACAAGAAUACUCCAUGGAAGUCUUUCCUUGUUAUUGUAGAUGGCUCCCCCAAGAACGAUGAAGGGCACAAGACUGAACAGCCUGAUGAAGAAUACACACCAUCCAAACUUUCAGAUAAAUUGCUGUCUUUUGCAGAAAACGGCCAUUUUCACAACCUGGCCCAGGUCCAGAGCAGCAUACCUGCCGUGCACGAGAACAGAGACCCAGACUUUCUCAUUUCCACAUCAAAAGACUGCAGUAUACAAGUAUUUGCCACAUAUUUGUUUCUGAGGGAGCAUGCAAGAAUACAGCAGAAGGGACCAAAAGCCUUGGCGUGUUCGUCCUCCAGUGUCCCUUGAGAACGAUUGUGAAGAACCAGGAACUUCUGCUGUUCCUCUGGCUGUCUCCUGCUGAACAUUGCUCAAAGUGAAUUCACAAGGAAAAGAUAAUUCUGCUGUAUUUGCUACACCUGAUUUUUGGUUCUGGUGACUUUGGGAUUUUGCCACAUGCUUGUGUGCUUGUAAAUGCUUUAAUUCACACGUAACCCUAAACAUUAAAAAGAAAAACCUUAAAGGAGCAGAGUUCUUUUGCUCACUACUUUUCCCCUACAUUUUAAUUUAUUAAACAUACUGUGAAAACAAUUUCAUUUUCUAAGAGAAAGGUACUUUAUCCUUAAGUUUCAGGAUGAAGACAAAGCUGCACGAUGCCAGAAGCUAAUGAGGGAAGACUUUUUUCCAAGUGCACACUUUGUUUUAACUUGUAACAUGUUAAAGUAAAUUAAAGUCAGUGUAAGCUGUUUCAGGCACUGAUAACAUUUUUUACAUCUGCUCUUGAAGAUAGUACUUCAAAUUCCGUUCUGAUGUACAGAACAAAGUAUAUUAACAAAAUACAUUAACACAGCCAUUUUAUUCUUAGUAACAGGAGAAUAUGCCUGCCCAGCUGAUGAUGUACUGUUUCAUGGGAUAAAGUCAUCUUGAUGACUAGGAAUUUAAAUAACAGAUUAUUUUGUUACCUACUGGAAGAAGUUUUGUCUUGAAUUCGUUUCUUCAGAAGUUCUACAAAAAAAAGUCUUAAUAAAUGUUUGUUUUAUACAAAUAGUUUUGCAGUUCUAAUUUUAUUUGCAUUAUUAGAAUUUAAUGUUUAGAAAUAAAAUUCGUAAUUGAGACAAGUAUAAUCUGUUUAAUUAUAUAAAUGAUAAAAUUAAAAAAUCAGGGUCUUUAAGCCUUUAUUCAGUAUACUUCUUAAUCUAUUUUUUAAAAUGUGUUGCUCUUAACUAUCUUCAGAAGUGAAGGACCCAGAUACGAGCAGAGCUGCCAUCAGCUGACACAGAAAUAACCUGUGUAGCUCGGUACUGCCUAGCACAUGAGUGGUCGUGGUGCUGUUCUGCUACAGUGUCUUCCAUGCAGUAUGAAAGCACACAUCAGACUAAUUACAUGCAUUUCACUGGCCCUUUCCCAGGAGAACAGGGACACCCACAAAUGACUCUUAGAGGAAUUGGGGGAGCGGGGGAGACCCGCCCCUUGUCCUCUUUUUCCAAGGACAGCCACACUGGGUGAGAGUGAAGAGAGUCCCAGAUGGCCUGAGAGGAAGGUGCCCUGUGACCCAGAGCAUCCACAAAGGCUACUUAGGAGCUGACGAGGAGGCUUCCAGCCAGUCUAUGGGAAACAUUCUUAGCCCAAACUCCAAAGGGCUCAGCAGAUUUUGGUUUAACCAAAAUUUUUAUUGUACAGAGUUUGAAAAAAUAGACAAUGUGGUGGGGGAAGACCUUUGUUAAAAGUGAUUUUAACAGAAACGUGAUUUUGCUGUGGGUAAUUAUCCAAACUAACAAAUUUGAGUGUAACUUACAAUUUUAACCUGUUACAUUUUAUACCUUGUCACACGCAGGGAGUUCAACUUUUUCCGUAACAAAUGGCUUAACUAAGUUGACGUUAUUCAUAUCACUUGGAAAUAAUUUCAGUUGGCCACAGAGGCACUCAUGCAAAGGGCUGUUUGGUUCAUGUGUCAGUGGAAAAGGGCAGAUGUGAACUCGGAACUGCCAUUUGGGCUCCGAUACGG